GAUAGAAUGGGAACUUGUACUGUAACAGAGCCAUGGUUGGGAUGGAGUUGCCGGUCUAACAAUCAUUAUUAACCUCCCAACGGUACCCUGCCUCAUUCUUCUUCUUCUUCUUUUCCUCUUUGCAUCUCUCAGAAAAUAUCCAAUCCCCUCCAACCACUUCUCUACCACCUCUCCCCUUCAGUCCUCCUUCUCCUUGUUCUCAUCUUCUUACCUUUGACCUUCUUCAUCCUCAUUCAUAUUUUCUCAUCACACAUCUAUUACUCAUUUUACAUUUCAUUUCUUUGUCCUCGCUUUUGUGACACCCCUCAUUGUUAUCGCCCCUCCAUCCUUAUCAGUGACGUAGUAGUAUUCCCGUCCUCCUUCGGAUUUCUUCCAUCAUGAGAGUAAUUAUUAGGGAGACUAGCCUUGAAGCUUCAGAAUACAUUGCAGAUUACAUCAUCAGUCGCAUAAAGUCAUUCAAGCCCAGUGAAGACCGCCCCUUUGUGCUGGGGCUCCCGACUGGUAGUAGCCCUGAGAUAAUCUAUAAGACUCUGGUGCGCCGGCACAGGGACGGUGAUAUCUCGUUCAAAAAUGUCGUAACUUUCAAUAUGGACGAAUAUGUUGGACUGCCUCGUGACCAUCCGGAGUCCUACCACAGCUUUAUGUACAAACACUUCUUCUCCCACGUGGAUAUUCCGCCCCAGAACAUCAAUAUCCUCGACGGCAACGCACCCGAUCUCGCGGCUGAGUGUUCGUCCUUUGAGGCGCGAAUUGCUCGCUAUGGCGGUAUUGAGCUCUUCCUGGGUGGUGUGGGUCCAGACGGGCAUAUCGCUUUCAACGAACCAGGCUCCUCUUUGAGCAGUCGUACUCGUGUCAAAACUCUGGCAUAUGACACAAUCUUGGCUAACUCGCGGUUCUUUGGCAAUGACUUGGAUUUGGUGCCGCGGAGGUCACUUACCGUGGGUAUUCAGACUAUCAUGGAUGCUCGCGAAGUUGUCAUCGUGGCUACCGGUGCUCACAAGGCUCUUGCUGUGGAGAAAGGCCUGGAAGGCGGCAUCAACCAUAUGUGGACACUCUCAGCGCUGCAGCUACACCCAUAUGCGCUGAUUGUCUGCGACCGAGAUGCAACUCUGGAGCUGAAGGUUAAGACUGUCCGCUAUUUUGAAUCAAUCGAACAAUCCGGGACGGAUGCACGUACUCAGGGUCCGCCUCUUGUCUACAGACCCAGGACAUACGUUCCUGCCCCAGUGGGUGUCGGAAAACUCCAACCGUCGCACAUCCCUCCUCAGAAAGCACCCAAGGACCUCCGAAUCAACACAGAACUCAACGCAUCGGUAGAGGAUGAGGAACUCACACCGGACAGCAUGUCUUCACGUAUGGUUGACUCGGCGAUUGGAGGGCUAGAUUCGACUCUGAAGGGAGACAUGUUCUUUGAUCACAUGGGAUCACGGGUUGCAUCGCAUUGAAGGGGGGGAAAGGUCGUGAGAGAUUCUACUCCGAGGGCAGUAUUCGACCGACUUCGGAAUGUUGGUAGAUGGUGGCCAGGGGUGGAUAAGAUUGAAUCGUAGAUUGCGCGAGAGUCAUUUGCUUGGGACUCAUUUUGUUUAUUCUUUCGGUUGGCAUCCAUUUCGCGAAAUCGAUAGCUAGACGUGCUGUCU